UCGCGGGACUUUCAAAAAUCAACAUGGCACCCAGAAUCUGAUGAAAAAAAUACGCCCACUUUGGCUUUUUGUGUCCGGAACAAAAUAUUUUAAUUUCUGUGCAGCAAUAAUAAUGGUUUAAAUUUUCUAUUAAAUUUUGUUAAAUUGAUAUUUCCAUAUUACAUCGGCAUGAUUCGUCUGAGGAGCAGCUCCUGCUUUGCUGCCAUCCGGCAACUACGGCCGAUGAGCACGUCCGCAAACCCUGAAGAAUACAGUCAAGAGCCACAGUACCCACCAAUCAAAGACAUCACCUGGAGAGGACGUCGGAAGGAUGAGGCCGAAGCGUGGCAUGAAAAAAUACAAAAUCUGGAUACCGUCGAGGAGAAGCUGAUCGAAAUCAAUAUUCCUCGAUACUACGGCUGGAAGUGCCACAUGCUGACGGAAGGUGACAUCAAAUAUAACACCCUGGCUCUUCACCAGCACAUCACGCGCACUCAUUUGGUCAACGGCCUUCCUGCAAUCUACAACAGCAACGAGAUCGAGGCUGCGGCCCAACAGCAUGCAGCGGAAAUAAAAUCUGAAUUUGCAGACACCCUUGCUUUUGAAUGGAACAGACAAAGCGACCUCAGCGAGGAUGCCAGUCCCAGGGAAAUGGAAAAAGUCAGGACGCAAAGAAUCAUGGAGAGUUUAAACUCGAUAUUGAUUUCAAAUCUCCGAAAGCACUUGCCCCACCUUAAAGACGUAGUCGUUGACCCACAGCCAAGGUUGGAAGCUGCCUGGAACGUUGGAGGAUUCGAGCUGGAGCAAAAGACGAAAAAUCUUUUUGAGUUGAAAGACGAUUUCAAACCGUUGCUGACGUGGCCCCGAGAUCGUCGAUUUCAGUACAUUGGCUCGCCAGUCUUGCAAGUUCGAGCCAAUCACCCUCUGGAGCCUAUACUUGGAGAGCAAGAAAGCACCAACGCCCAGUUGGAGGUACCGCACCACGAAGCUGAUCCCCGAGUCCAUGGAAACUUCACUACCAGGAGAUAUAUGACAAUGAUCCCUGGUGUUUGGCCUGGCGAUGAUCAUCGAUUUGGCACCAUCUCCUUCCAUGGCCGAGAUUAUCAGCUCACUGAAAAACUUAAAAGCUUCCCAGAGGAGGACAAAAUUGAGGCUCUUCAUUCACAAGCCAUCCUUGCCUCAUUCUCCUGGCUUUUCUCUCAAGCUUGUUACUUGGGAUUUUCCACCUUCAACGAUGUGACAUAUCCCCUGGUAUCACAGACAGUCAUCAGCAACGGCCAGCACUGGUCAUUUUACACUUACCAACUAAACACGCUUUUACUUCACUUUGAAAACACCUCCAAAAAUCCAAAGCGAAAUAUCUGCUGGAGUUCACAGCCUCUAAAGUUAUUUGAGUCGAUCGAGAAUGGAACCAUCAAUGGUUUUAAUGAUGAAGUCUUGAAGACACUAGUGAAAUUCUAUAUGAAUGAGCCCAGAGAGAGGAAAGGUGUUGAACUUACUCCUUACUUACAUCCUGAGGUGCCUAUGGUCAUGAAAAUAGAGAAUGAAGACAAACGUGUUUUCCUGGAGGAUUUGUUCAAAAAGAUUUGUCGCAAUGGAAAGAAGACCGACCCCGAUCCAGAGUACUGGAACUGGGAAUGGAUCUACAAGAUCAAGUUCAAGACAAGGCCUCACGAGGCAAGACGAAGACCAUUCGAGUUGUGGCAAAAUCCUUGGAGAACUACAUUUAACGAAACUCCUCCUAAGUAUGUGCCGAAAGCCCUCAGAAAAGACCCCAAGGACAGAAGACAAAAGUUCGAGAAGACCUAUUACCCUUAGAAAUGUUGGGCAGAAAAUAAAUAGUUGAAUUGGAAAAUUUA